UUGGCAUUUGGCAUCUCUUGUCCUCGAAGAAAAGAACUGUUUUUUGAGUGACAGAUGAAAAAUCCCUUUUCUCCUUAACAAGUCUUUCUUCCAGUUUCUUCAUAUAUAUAUAUAUAUAUAGCUGAGUUUCAUUCUGAAAUAAACACCCUGUUUUUUUUAAUAAAAAAAAGGAAAAUGAAGGGUGAAAACAGCAAUAAUCAUGUAAUCUCAUUCUGGAAGCUCUUCAAUGCGCAAAUGCAUUUCUUCAAUAUCCUUUCUUGUUUCUUGUUAUUCGGUUGUGGCCUCUCUCUCGGAGUCAUUCUCAGUUUUCAACUCAAGAACUAUUCUUUUGCUCUUCACAUCACACAGUUGCCUUCCACUUCGAGACCGGCGCAGCCGCCUCCGCCGAUUAAUGAAACAGCCUCGCGUGUUGGAUUAACGGAAUUCCUCGUGCCGCCGAAUGCGAUGCACGACAUGGACGAUAAAGAGCUUCUAUGGAGGGCUUCAAUGUCUCCUCGGAUCGGGCAGUAUCCGUUCGAUCGAGUUCCUAAGGUGGCUUUCAUGUUCUUGACGAAAGGGCCUGUUACAUUGGCUCCAUUGUGGGAGAAAUUCUUCAAAGGGCAUCAAGGGCUGUAUUCUAUCUAUGUGCACUCGGAUCCAUCUUUUAAUCUAUCAGAGCCUGAGGGAUCAGUGUUCCAUGGCAGAAGAAUUCCCAGCCAGGAAGUUGAAUGGGGCAAUGUGAACAUGAUUGAAGCCGAGCGCCGGCUUCUAGCCAAUGCAUUCCUCGAUUUCUCGAACCAAAGAUUCGUUCUUCUAUCUGAAGCAUGUAUUCCGCUCUUUAACUUCUCCACCGUCUACUCUUACCUCAUCAACUCCUCCCGUAGUUUCGUGGAAUCGUACGAUUUACCAGGCCCUGUCGGCCGAGGUCGUUACAAUCGGAGAAUGAGACCUCAGGUCACGCUUCAUCAAUGGAGGAAAGGAGCCCAAUGGUUCGAGAUGGACCGAGACCUCGCACUCGAAGUUGUGUCGGACCAGGUAUAUUUCCCGGUGUUCCAAAAGUAUUGCAGGGGUGCAUGCUAUGCCGAUGAGCAUUAUCUGCCGACGUUUAUAACCACGAAAUUCGGGAACAAGAAUUCCAACAGAACAUUAACAUGGGUUGAUUGGUCGAAAGGAGGGCCUCAUCCAGCCAAGUUCAUAAGGACAAAUGUGACGGUUGAAUUUUUGGAGAGAUUGAGGAGCCAAAGCCAAUGCGAGUACAAUGGGAACACAACAAAUGUGUGUCACUUGUUCGCCAGAAAGUUCUCGCCCGAUGCUUUGUACAGGUUGAUGAAGUUUGCGCCUAAAGUUAUGCAGUUCCAUGAAUAAUAUAUUAUUCAUACAAUUGGAUAACUAUUCUUUAUUCAUUUUUGUAUCAAACCCAGAAAG